AUGAUGAUAUCGAUGAUCGAAUUGUUGUGUGUCGUGGUCCUGCUGAGCCAACCGUUAACCCCAGCGGCGACCAUGAUGGUCGGCGGCUACACCGAGACGACGCUGGAACCGGAGAAGCAGGCGAGCCUCAUCGGCCUGAUCGAACCGGCGGUGAACAAAGAGCUCGGGGACGAGCCCAACAUGUUCAUGGUCGUCGAGGUCAUCCAGGCGUGGUCGCAGGUCGUGGCCGGGGUCAACUACAAGCUCAAGGUCAAGAUGGGGGAGACGGACUGCCCGAAGAGCGCGGCCGGGUCGGUCGGGGACUACAAUGUGAAGUCGGGUGGGAGGACGAGGAUCUGCGAGGUCGUCGUCUACGAAAGACCGUGGCAGAAUUUCAGCCAAGUCACCAGCGUUCAGUGCUCCUGAAGCCGUCAUGUAAUUCCUUUCCAAUCUAUACGUAAAGACAAGAUUUUAUCACCCCGCAGUCGUUAAAUGACUCUUCACGUUGGGGGCCCAUUCUGGGCCUAAUUCACACAUUCGCCAUAUUUCCCUCUUGCUUCAUCCCUCGUUCAGAGUCAGUUACAUUGCCGUUGUAUCGCUUCGUUUUCGUGCAAGUAAAAUUUUUCAUCUGAACUGAACGAAACAUCUAGAAUACCAGCCCAUUUACAGAUCUGCCGUUUCACAGGCCGCUAUACCUCUGGUGCAGGACCGGCCAUGUGCCACAAGUCUCUCCGCUAGGGCGCAAAUUCACCAGGGACGACUAAGACGUGACUGAAUGAAUGAAGCAAUGGGGGUCAUUCCAUCUCGAAUCAGCCAAAGGCCAGAGCAUGACCCCCUCCGGUAUUGACGAAAAAUGUUUAUGCGGUACCCCUCAUGGCCCAAAAUGAGAAUGCAAAUUUUGGCUUCGGGUAUGGAGCCGUUUUGGCACAAUAAUUUGCUAAAUUUUGUGAAAUUAGAAAAAGGAGCACCUCUUCCUGCUCUUGUGGGCCGAAAACUUUUUGACCUAAGCGAACGCACCAAACACCAUUGUUCUUUAAAAAAAAAAAAAAUUUGACUUUCGAAGCUAUUUCAU